AUGUUAGCUCUUCGUCUACUAGAAAAGGAACAGCUUUCAAAGGAGGACCUGAUCGAGGUGCUCGGGCCGCGACCAUUCAAAGAGAAGAGCACUUAUGAGGAACUCGUCGGCCCAGGUGCUCUCGACGAGGACACAUCACUGCCACCCGGUCUGAAGGACUGGAACAAGGAGCAAGAACCAGCGACUCAGCCUCCGCCAGCGAGCUAA